UCCUCCUCCUCCUCCUCCUUGUCCUUUUCCCUCUGGUCCCCUGGCUGCUCAAGAAACCUCCCUCAGUCUGGGAAAGUGAUCAGAUUUGAGAAACCUGCAUCGGGAAGGGAAGGAGGUGAAGGCGAGGGAAAAUGGGGACCACGAAAAGGCAAGAAAGGGAUUCUGCACACCCGGCUCCACCUCAUGCACACAUACACACCUACAACCCUCCGAUCUGGUUCCCCCAGAAGACUCCCGCGCAUACUAUAACAAAAGCGAAUAGCAGACAAAAAUGGGGCUUGGAAGAGGCCAUGAUCCCGGCUUGCGCCCUGCACCCCGCUGGCCACCAGACAGCGAUCGACCGACCGCCUCACCACGCAGCCAGGCAGGGCGUGGGCUGGGGAGGGGGGUGCAAAGCUUAGGACCCGACCGUCAGGUUGGGGGAGUUGAGACUGUAAGCCCAACAGUGCGUACCUGCGUUAUUGUCCCACAUAAACCUUUUUUCUCUGAGAGGGUCCCUAGCUCCAGGCUACUCUGGCCAGCGCCAACCCAGUGGCUCCCCACCCUGGGUCUUCGCGCAGAUGUUAGAGCUAGCGCUCAGCCUGCGGGUCUGAGACGCAACCAGGGAACGGUGGGUACCUAGGCGGUGCCAUCGGUAGGGAUUUGGUACCAGUUUCUCAGAGUUCUUUUUAGGGUCCCCGCCCCCGCCCCAAGAGGUGGUAUGGGAAGGCCGGGAGCUUUAGAGACCCUCAGAGUUAGGUCGGAGUUAGAAGAACCCACAGCGAACUGGACUCUUUUCUGUUACCACCACGGAGCUCUGCAUAGUGGUGGAUACUUCUAAUGAAAUUUGGCACUCUUGAAGGUGUGGAAUGGGAGGGGGUGGGGAGGUCCUCUUUCCUUGUCGCUUUCGGGAGUGAGUGGGUGUGCAUCCAAGAGGCGCUACUGCUUUGCGCAAUUUUGGCGUUCUUCCGCAGCGCUCAGAUACGCCUUACUGGAACUCCAGCACCGAAUGGUGUGGACACAGUUGAUUAGAGAGGUCGCAGGCUGGAAUUGGAAUCGAGAUCUUACAGGUGAACAAGGUGAUGUCCAUCUUGUUUUAUGUGAUAUUUCUUGCUUAUCUCCGUGGCAUCCAAGGCAACAACAUGGAUCAAAGGAGUUUGCCAGAAGACUCUCUCAAUUCCCUCAUUAUCAAGUUGAUCCAGGCGGAUAUCUUGAAAAACAAGCUCUCCAAGCAGAUGGUAGAUGUUAAGGAAAAUUACCAGAGCACCCUGCCCAAAGCAGAGGCACCCAGAGAACCAGAGCAGGGAGAGGCCACCAGGUCAGAAUUCCAGCCGAUGAUUGCAACAGACACAGAACUACUACGGCAACAGAGACGCUACAAUUCACCCCGGGUCCUGCUGAGUGACAGCACCCCUUUGGAGCCCCCUCCCUUAUAUCUAAUGGAAGAUUAUGUGGGCAACCCGGUGGUAACCAAUAGAACAUCACCACGGAGGAAACGCUAUGCAGAGCAUAAGAGUCACCGAGGAGAGUACUCAGUGUGUGACAGUGAGAGCCUGUGGGUGACCGACAAGUCCUCAGCCAUUGACAUUCGGGGACACCAGGUUACAGUGUUGGGAGAGAUCAAAACCGGCAACUCUCCUGUGAAACAAUAUUUUUAUGAAACGAGGUGUAAAGAAGCCAGGCCAGUCAAAAACGGUUGCAGGGGGAUUGAUGACAAACACUGGAACUCUCAGUGCAAAACGUCGCAAACCUACGUCCGAGCACUGACUUCAGAAAACAACAAACUCGUAGGCUGGCGCUGGAUACGAAUAGACACUUCCUGUGUGUGUGCCUUGUCAAGAAAAAUCGGAAGAACAUGAAUUGGCAUCUGUCCCCACAUAUAAAUUAUUACUUUAAAUUAUAUGAUAUGCAUGUAGCAUAUAAAUGUUUAUAUUGUUUUUAUAUAUUAUAAGUUGACCUUUAUUUAUUAAACUUCAGCAACCCUUACAGUAUAUAAGCUUUUUUUUCUCAAUAAAAUUCGUGUGCUUGCCUUCGCUCAGGCCUCUCCCAUCUGUUAACCUUGUUUUGUGAUUGGGCUCUCGGGAACCCUUCUGUAAAACCUGUGUACACCAGUAUUUGGCAUUCAGUAUUGUCAAGGCCAUGACUGUGGUUUCAGUAAACUUUCUUAAAAUCGGA